AGGAAGCAGCCGCACUUUCGGCAUCAGAAGUGAGUGUCAGCACUGGAGAAAGAAUAGCUCGCACACUGUCACGUCUUUCUUCUGCCCCAGCACAGCGGAAUAUAAGACUCCAACACAGAGAUAGAGGUUCAAACGUCGUGUCGGAGCGGCAGGUAGGCUUUAGGGAACCCGGGGACAUCGGAAUGUUCUGCCACUCUCCUCGCUCUUCUCUAUCUGUUCUCAACUCCGCUUGCCAUCAGUUACUGAUUGAAGUCAUACAAUCAACCGGGAUUGCUGUAUACUGCCUUUCAGUAGGUCUACUCCCUCACUGCAAUACCAAUGCGAGGGUACUGUCAGUGUAUACAGUCAGCGAGUAAACGGACGGGAGGCGCGCAUGUAAAAUAGUCACUGACAAAAUGGACAAAGGGAACUACAUCAUUGCUUCGCUUCUUUUUCAACUGCUGGACUUAAUAUGUGGACAGUUCUUUCCAGGCAGCUGUUCAUUUGAAGACCCCUACAGCAGCUGUGGCUACAGUGUGGCCCUCGGGACCAAUGGCUUCGCUUGGGAGCAAGUAAACACUUGGGAGAGGCCCACCAUGGACGCAGCUGUUCCCACAGGUUCUUUUAUGGUGGUGAACGGCUCCGGCCGGGCGUCGGGACAGAAGGCCCACCUGCUCCUGCCUACCCUGAAGGAGAACGACACCCACUGCAUCGACUUCCACUACUCUCUAUCCAGCCGCGAAGGCUCCAGUCCCGGGGCACUCAAUGUCUACAUUAAGGUGAACAGCGGCGCCCAGGGAAACCCUGUGUGGAACGCCUCAGGCUCGGUGACCGAGGGCUGGGUCAAGACCGAGCUGGCCAUCAGUACCUUCUGGCCCAACUCCUAUCAGGUGAUAUUCGAGUCUGUAUCCGUACAGGGCCAUCCAGGGUUCAUCGCGGUGGACGAGGUCCGAGUGUUGGCCCACCCAUGCCGGAAAGCGCCUCACUUCCUGCGGCUGCAGAAUGUGGAGGUGAAUGUGGGCCAGAACGCCACCUUCCAGUGUACCGCCGGGGGGAAGUGGUCACAACACGACCAACUGUGGCUACAGCAGUGGAAUGGUAAAGACACAGCCCUCAUGGUGACGCGGGUGGUGAACCACCGGCGUUUCUCGGCCACCGUCAGCGUCGGGGACACGUCUCAGAGAAGCACCAGCCGCUAUCGCUGUGUCAUCCGCUCCGAUGGUGGUUCCGGGGUCUCCAACUACGCAGAGCUUAUCGUCAAAGCUCCCCCCACGCCCAUUGCCCCUCCGGAGCUCUUGGCGGUGGGGGCCACCUACCUGUGGAUCAAGCCCAACGCCAACUCCAUCAUCGGGGACGGACCUAUCAUCCUGAAGGAGGUGGAGUACCGCACCACCACGGGCAACUGGGCCGAGACCCACAUCGUGGAUGCCCCCACCUACAAGCUUUGGCAUUUGGACCCCGACGUGGAGUACGAGAUCAAGGUUCUGCUGACCCGGCCAGGCGAGGGAGGUACGGGGCCCCCGGGACCUCCACUCAUCACCCGGACCAAGUGUGCUGACCCAGUCAACGGGCCUCAGAAUGUCAAUGUGGUGGACAUCCGGGCCCGCCAGCUCACCCUGCAGUGGGAGACGUUUGGCUAUGCCGUGACGCGCUGCCACAGCUACAACCUGACCGUGCAGUACCAGUACGUGUUCAACCAGCAGGAGUUUGCGGCCGAGGAACUGAUCCAGACGUCGUCUCACUACACCCUGCGGGGUCUGAGGCCCUUUGUCACCGUUCGCCUUCGCCUGGUCCUUGCCAACCCCGAGGGCAGCAAGGAGAGCGAGGAGAUCGUCAAGCAGACGGAGGAGGAUGUUCCCGGCUCUGUUCCAAUGGAGUCCACCCAGACCGGACCAUACGAGGAGAAGAUCUUCAUGCAGUGGAAGGCACCUAACGAGACCAAUGGUGUCAUCACACUAUACGAGAUCACCUAUAAGGCUCUGAGCUCCUUGGACCCCAGUGCAGACCUGACCACCCAGCGCGGCAGGGUGUUCAAGCUACGCAACGAGACCCACCACCUGUUUGUGGGGCUCUACCCGGGCACCACCUACUUCUUCACCCUCAAAGCCAGCACCAACAAAGGUUUUGGACCCCCUGUUACCACCCGCAUCGCCACCAAGAUAGCAGCCCCAUCGAUGCCGGAAUACGAGACAGACACGCCUCCUCUGAACGAGACGGACACCACCAUCACAGUUCUGCUGAAGCCUGCCCAGUCCAGAGGAGCUCCCGUCAGUGUCUACCAGUUGGUGGUGAAAGAGGAACGCAAGCAGAAGGUGCGGCGGGCAGCCGACGCGCAGGAGUGCUUCCCCGUCCCCGUCAGCUUCAAGAAUGCCUCCAUCUUGGAUUCGCCCCACUACUUUGCGGCGGAGCUCCCGCCCACCUACCUGACUGUGGUUCAGCCCUUCACCGUAGGCGACAACAAGACCUACAACGGCUACUGGAACCCCCCCCUCUCUUCGUCCAAGAGCUACAGCAUUUACUUCCAAGCCCUGAGCAAAGCCAAUGGGGAAACCAAAAUCAACUGUGUGAGACUGGCUACUAAAGGCGCGUCCACCCAGGACUCGGACGCUGUGGAGCCCGAAAAGCAGGUGGACAGCAACGUCAAGAUGGCUGGUGUCAUCGCAGGCAUCCUCAUGUUCGUCAUCAUCCUACUAGGAGUGGUUCUCACCUUUAAACGCAGAAGAAAUGCAUAUUCCUACUCUUAUUACCUGAAACUGGCCAAAAAACAGAAGGAGACAGCCAACAGCAGCACCCAGCGGGAGAUGGGGCUGGUGGGCACGGCUGACAAGAGCACCACCAAAGUCAGCACUCUGCACAAGGACGACCCUUUCUCCACCAGCAGCCAGGACCUCAAUGGUUUCACAUCCCCCUCUCCCUGCUCCUUCUCUGUGCAAGGCAAAACCCUGCAAAGCAAAUCCCUUUUGAAUUCCUACUACUCAGUGUCGAAGGAGGCUGUUGCAGUCCCUGCAACAGCAUCAAUCGACAGCAGCCAUAGUGAGUUGGCUCAGCCAUCGUUGACCAUCCAGACGUACCCAUACGGGGGCUGUGAGUCAGUAGAGAUGUCCUACCAAGCAGGCCAGUUCCAGCCAGCCAUCCGUGUAGCCGACCUCCUCCAGCACAUCACCCAGAUGAAGUGUGGCCAGGGCUACGGCUUCAAGGAAGAGUAUGAGGGUCUGACGGAAGGACAGGCGGCCCCAUGGGAGACUGCCAAGAAGGAUGAGAACCGCAACAAGAACCGAUAUGGCAACAUCAUCGCUUAUGACCACACUCGUGUCAGAUUGCAACUGCUAGAUGGAGACCCCCACUCGGACUACAUGAAUGCCAACUACAUAGACGGGUAUCAUAGACCAAGACAUUACAUCGCCACACAAGGCCCCAUGCAGGAGACGGUGAGAGAUUUCUGGAGGAUGAUCUGGCAAGAGAAUUCUGGCAGUAUCGUCAUGGUUACGAACCUGGUGGAAGUGGGCAGGGUGAAGUGCGUGAGGUACUGGCCUGAUGAGACUGAUGUGUACGGAGAUAUCAAGGUGACACUGAUCGAGACAGAGCCACUGGCCGAGUACGUCAUUCGCACCUUCACAGUCCAGAAGAAGGGCCACCAUGAGAUUCGGGAGAUCCGUCAAUUCCACUUCACUAGCUGGCCUGACCACGGUGUGCCCUGCUACGCCACCGGCCUCCUAGGCUUCGUCCGCCAGGUCAAGUUCCUCAACCCUCCCGAUGCCGGCCCCAUCGUGGCCCACUGCAGUGCCGGGGCUGGAAGGACAGGCUGUUUCAUAGCUGUGGACAUUAUGCUGGAUAUGGCCGAGAACGAGGGUGUGGUGGACAUCUUCAACUGCAUCCGCGAACUGCGCUCACAAAGGGUUAACAUGGUGCAAACCGAGGAGCAGUAUGUCUUUGUCCACGAUGCCAUCCUGGAAGCCUGCUUGUGUGGAAACACAGCCAUCCCAGUCUGUGAAUUCAGAGCCAUAUACUACAACAUUAUCAGACUGGACCCACAGACCAACUCUAGCCAAAUUAAGGACGAGUUUCAGACUCUGAACAUCGUGACUCCCCGGGUUCGGCCUGAAGACUGUAGCGUGGGACUGCUCCCCCGGAACCACGACAAGAACCGCAGCAUGGACGUCCUGUCUGUGGAUCGCUGCCUGCCUUUCCUCAUCUCUGUUGAUGGAGAGUCCAGUAACUACAUCAACGCUGCCCUCAUGGAUAGCCAUAAACAGCCAGCAGCCUUCAUCGUAACCCAGCACCCGCUGCCCAACACGGCCGCCGACUUCUGGAGGCUGGUCUUCGACUACAACUGCUCCUCGAUAGUCAUGCUCAACGAGAUGGAUGCAGCGCAGCUUUGCAUGCAGUACUGGCCCGAGAAGAGCUCCUGCUGCUACGGCCCUGUCCAGGUGGAGUUCAUCUCAGCCGACAUUGAUGAAGACAUCAUCAAUCGCAUCUUCAGGAUCUGUAACAUGGCCAGGCCCCAGGAUGGCUACCGUUUGGUGCAGCAUUUCCAGUUCAUCGGCUGGCCGGCCUAUCGGGACACGCCCCUGUCCAAGCGUUCCAUCUUGCAGCUGGUGAGACGUCUGGCCAAGUGGCAGGAGCAGUACGACGGGGGAGACGGACGCACCGUGGUCCACUGCCUGAUGGGUGGUGGACGUAGCGGUACCUUCUGUGCCAUCUGCAGCAUCAGUGAGAUGAUCCAGCAACAGAACAUUGUAGAUGUGUUCCACACCGUCAAGACCCUGAGGAACAACAAAUCCAACAUGGUGGAGACUAUGGAACAGUACAAGUUCUGCUAUGAAGUUGCUCUGGAGGCCCUUAGCUCAUUCUGAGAGAGCAACGCUGCCUCUCGUGUCUGUGGGACACAGUGCUGACACUGCAGACACCAACCCAUAUGAGGCAGUGGAUGUGUGUGUGACCACACACAUGUGAAACUCUAUAAUGAAGAAAAAAACACCCUCCACACUGGGGUUAUGUGUGCGCUUUUGCAAGACCGGGACCCCUUUCGCUUGUAUAAAGAAAAAAUGGAAUGAAAACCUUUAAACACAGCUUUCCUUCUCUUACUUCAAUGUCCAUCUUGGACUGUGAUGUGAUAUUGUACAGUAAUUUCCUUUUUAGAUAUAUGCCUUGAAUUUUAUUCCCUCAGUUUAAAAAUACAAACCAAGAAAAUAAACUGACAUGGCUUCAGCUGAUGGGGAUUUAAAAAACACACACACAAAAACAACACAUUCAGAUUAACAAACAGAACCAAUACAGACGAAGACAAAUGCAAGAUGCGAAGAUUUGAACUCUACCUGGCUUUGCACCUCUUUUUAAAGAAUAUUAAUAACGACUGUAUUAUAUAUUUCCCCCCCUGUUUUAACAGACACAAAAUGGCAGAUCUUUUUUGUAAUUCUUUGGAUUUUGUGGUUCCUGCAACUCCUUUACAUCCAUGUGCACACGCCGGUUUUCUCACAUUCGCAAAGUGACAUUUUUCUUUUGGUGUUGUGGCAAGUUCUCAUCCUCUUGUCCCAUGGCUCUUGUGCUGUGCAGACAAUCAUGAAUUAUUCUGGGCCCGGUCUUCAAAAGCAUCUUAAGGCUAAGAUGUGUUUGGGAAUCCGGGCCCUGGUUUGCUGCAUUGAAAAUGAGAGAAGAGUCAGUCAACACUUGAGCAUUCUAUGCUGGCUCUACACAGUAUUCAUCAAAACGUAUUUUACAUUCAUGUGUUUUGGCAUUUCCACUGUAUUUUGCACUGCUUUACCUUCAAUCCCAUUUUAAAAUUGUGUCAUGUAGGGGAGACUAGGGGCAAUCGUAACAGGGAGCAAUUGUAACACGUUGCAUUUCUCCAAACAGAAACAAGCUGGAGUGAUGAAACACACACAGUACAUUUAGGUUAUGUCUGCUUGAAAAGUUACAGCCAGAUAUCUCACUAUAUUCACUUUUAAUGGGCAAAUGUUUGUUUUUCAGGGAUGAAAGUAGUUUUUUUCCACCGGUUGUAUUUUUAUUAUACUGCAUUAGCAUUAGUGUCCAAUAAUUCAAACUAUCAUAAUUUUCAUCACUAUAUGUGGACUAAACAUUGACAUGAAUGACAUGUCACUAUUGUUGUCUCUAGGCACAUGACGUUUUGUCAUGGCUGCUGGGUUGGGGGCAAUUGCCAAUUGUAAUUCAGUGUUGAAAUGACCCUGAGCCAAGCAGGCAAAUUAUGAAAAUGAGUGAUUUUAACUUUAAGAUUGUAUGAAUUAUACAAAUAACUUUAAAUAGCUGUGGUGUCCUGCAGAGUGCCACAGAAAUUAUAAACAGAUAUAAUCUGGAAACCAUCAUAUUAUUCAGAUAUUUUGAGAGGAACCAAAUGGCCAUGCACAAAUAGGGGUGUUACUGUAAUUAUUGUUUACAUACAAAACAAUAUUCAUAUUUAUUGAAAAAUCAUUAUUUACGUCUAUGAUAAUAUGAUAACUUAAAAAAACAUUCAUGUUUAUGAAUUAAGUGAAUUUAUUUUGUUUAUUUUUUUAGGUGUUACAUUUGACCCCAGCUACUGUUACAAUUUCCCUUGACACAGGGCACAUGUAAUGUCCGAACCUUUUUGGAUUACAAUCAAUAUUGUGAUCUGACGGUCAUUAUGUACAGACAUAUACAUGGUAUGAAUGAUUAGGACACAGAUGUAAGAUAUAAAUAAAUAAAUUUAAAAAAAUGUUUGGCCUAGUUCGAGUGGUCUCUGAGCAAAAGAGUAAAAUGCAAACAUUUUUACAAUUGUCCCAGUCUCCCCUAAUUUGGUCGAUAGUGCCAUACUCACGUCUUUAAACAUAUACAAUUUUAACGGAAUUGUGUAGAAACAUAUCAGCCUAGGGAUAGAGUGGGAUAACAUUCUAUUAAUGUGCACCUCAAGCUUGUCACACACUGUAGCAGCCCCCACCCUACUGUUUCCCAGUCUCAGGAUUUGGAUAAGGAGACUUGUUUUUCAUCCCUGUCCAUUCUGCGCUCAUAUUCUACUUUAUAAGAGCAGUUUGGCUUAUUGUGGGGCCGUCCUAAUAUGGACCCCGUAACCGUGUCCUGCCAUUACUCUCCGCCCAUGCAUCUCAUGCAUACUGUUUGGAGAACUUCGGAUUGUCUUCAUCCUCACUAGACAUGGAAACAGAAUCCAUCUGAGAUUGUGAAUCCAACUCUUGACUGAGGGCGGGAUUCAAGUAGAGGGCUCCAGUCGACAAUGCUGCUUUUGAAGGCAGCGUUUGCAGCAUUUGCAGAAAUCGUAUUCAAGGCAAAUGCUGCAGAUGGCUCAAUUGGAAACUACCUUUAAAUGUCAAGCUUGCUAUAGAGAGUUUUGGAUUGAAUCCCGGCCUGGGAUUUUUGCACGGGUUUUAUGUCCAUUGAACAGUUUUAGUACAGUAUUGUACAGGGCUUUGUCAGAAGAAUGUUUUGCUGAACAUGGACAGUCACUUACAGUAUGAGGUGUAGAAGUAUUGUGUCAACACACAGCAUACUUGUAUUAUUAACAUGCAGCCGUUUGGUGACGGGAACACAGAGAAACAGUUUUGGAAUUCUAAUGAAGAGUUCAAUGUCAAUGUUUGUUUUGCUUUUCAUAUUUCCACUGUCUAUAUUAUAUUUCGUUUUCCUCAUUUUUUUCUCUUGAAUUUGUUAAAAAAAUGUUGUCUAGCAAAGUGAUAUUUAGAUCUGGUGAUGAAAUUGCCAUGGUUGUUUUGUUGUUUAAAAAUGUGGUUACAUCAAAUAAAGGGACCAAAAUGUUG